CCGCCAUCAUGAUGCCCGUCUUCAGAAGCAGCCGGCGCGACUUCACCUUCGGGCCCUGGAAGCUCACCGCCGCCCGGACCCACAUCAUGAAGUCGGCUGAGGCCGAGAGACUAGCUGAAGAACUGCGUAUGCCUUGUGUCCCAGAAAUGAUGUUUGGAGACAAUAUCUUAAGAAUUCAGCAUGAGUCUCACUUUGGAAUCGAGUUCAAUGCCGUUGAUGCUUUAAGAUGCGUAAAUAACUCUCAAGGCAUGGUUAAAGUUGCCUGUGCAGAAGAGUGGCAAGAAAGCAGAUCGGAGCCCGAACACACAAAGGAGGUUGUUAAGCCAUAUGAUUGGACUUACACAACAGAUUACAAAGGAACACUGUUGGGUGAUACAUUAAAGUUACAGGUUUCUGCCACAACAGAGCAUAUAGACACAGAGAAAUUAAAAGCCAGAGAACAGAUUAUGUUCUUUGAAGAAGUGCUGCUGUUUGAAGAUGAACUUCAUGAUCAUGGAGUCUCAAGCCUCAGUGUCAAAAUAAGGGUGAUGCCUUCAAGCUUCUUUGUGCUGCUGAGAUUUUUCCUGCGAGUUGAUGGUGUGCUUAUCCGGAUGAAUGACACAAGGCUUUACCACGAGGCUGACAAACGCUACAUGUUGCGGGAAUACACGUCUAAGGAAAGCAAAGUAUCAAGUUUAAUGCAUGUUCCUCAAGCCUUGUUCACGGAUCCCAACGAGAUUGCUCAAUAUUUACCUGUGAAGGAGACAGUGUGUGAGAAGCUGGAAUUUCCAGAAAAUUUGAGUUCUAAAUCUUCUGCGGUACCAGAACACACUUAAGUGGAAUCUAAAUUUUGUGGACUUGAAACAGACUUUCUUCUGGAGAUUUAUAGUCUCUUGGCCAUCAUCAUUGAAGAUGCCAGUACUUGCUGGAUCAGGAUCUAUUUGUAUUUGU